AUGCGGUGUGUUGAGGAGCUUCGGCAAGCCCAAGCGUUGUGGAGCCGUGCGGAUGCAUUUUGGGACUCCCAUUCUGCUCACGGACUACAUGAAUGCACUUCACGAAGCUCUAUCCUCUCGCAAAGUCAUGCCUCAGCUGAGCCGCAUUCCUCAUGUUGUGUCAUACAGGGAGCUUGUACCGUGGCACACAGGACAUAA